AUGGAUGACUACGUUCUUUUCUCCUCCUCCGAUGGCUAUAUUGAAUCUGACCCAUCUACUUAUCUAUCCCACGCCCUCGUCGCUGCUGUGGUCGAUGACCGCUCGUUCACUCCCUUGCGCACGCUUGCCUUGCCUUUCUACAAUGACCUCCCACCGCCAGACUACCCGUACACUCGCGCGUCAUCCGCUUAUUCCGCUCUAGUGCAGCUCUAUGCGCGCUGCGGACAAUUGGAUACAGCAUACACACGCUUUGCGCGAUUUGGCGACUCGUCAUUGUGGUGCCAAUUCGGUUGCUAUGCGCUCGAGACACCCCAUCAUCUCUUCGUGGAAUGCCCAAUGUUUGCACCCCUGCGAGAAAAUGCCCGUCGCGACGUCAUAACGGAGUCGUCCAAGCUCUUACUCGGAGCUGAAACCACACCCUCACUCAUGGAGGACAUCCUACUCGUCGCGCGUUCACUGUUUAUCGACAGUGAUGUCUGGCCAUUGUACACCUCGCACUAUUUCUUGGGCAUACUACCCCCCACUCCCACUCAGGGUGCUCCUGCCACGUCCACGCACCGACGCCUGUGUGUCCGCCUCAUGCAAACUUGGCACACUAUUGGCAUUCGGCUAGCCGGCCGUAUUUGGGGAGAAUAUAAGCGGCGCACUCACCCCCACACACGACGUACCUUCUCUCCUCCUCAACUAUCCCUUCCACUACAUCUUGCUCACCUUCUCCCUUCUUCCUAA